CGGAUAUACGGGUUGUUGUGGUCUCAUCGGGACGGACUGGCACCGAGCUCGCCUUUGCCUUGACAACAAAUGGCAGAUUUGGAAAGCGAGGACGACCAAAAAGGUUCAGCUGGGAGUUCUGGUCCAGAGACCGAUGCUGACCCGCAGACCCCAGUGCUGCGCAUCAGCCAGCUGGAUGCCCUCGAGCUUGACUCAUCCCUGGAGCAGCUGGUAUGGACCCAGUUCUCCCAGUGUUUCCACAACUGCCGCCCGGGCUUGCUCACCCCACUGGAGCCUGAACUGAGGGCUCUGCUCCAUUUGCUUGUGUGGAGAUUCACACUUUAUUCUAGCAGCACCACCGUGGGCCAGUCCUUACUGAGUCUCCGCUACCACAACGUCCUGUCAUCGUCUCCCCGUUACAGAGCUCUGUCUCGCAGGCAGAAGCUGGGUCUGGCCCUGCUCACUGCAGGUCCGCGCUGGCUCCAGGAGCGCUCCCACAGCCUGCUGCCGGGCCUGAGUUCAGGAGGGCCCGGGUCUGAAGGAGUCGGUGGUUUACUCCAACGGGGUCUCCGCAAUUGCCUGACCUUAUUCUCUAGUAUCGCACAGCUCGCGAGUCUCAUCAACUUCCUUGUGUUCCUGAGAAGAGGUCGCCAUCCUGUGCUGACUGAAAGGGUUGUGGGAGCUCGGGCGGUUUUCAGCAAGCCCAAUGUGGUCCGGGACGUAACCUACCAGUACAUGAACCGCGAGCUGCUGUGGCACGGCUUCGCCGAGUUCCUCAUCUUCCUGUUGCCACUGAUCAAUACAAGGAAAUUGAAGGCAACCGUGUUGUCAAUUAUUUUGGGGGAAGAUGGUGCCGACAGGGAGGGGGCAACGGAAGGGCCAGGCGCGGGGAAGGAGUGCGGACUGUGCGGCGAUUGGCCCACCAUGCCCCACACAGUGGGCUGCCAACACGUUUUCUGCUACUACUGCAUCAAAAGCCAAAGCAUUGCAGACGCUUGCCUCACCUGCCCCAAAUGUGGUGCUGAGGCAGGCCAGCCGGAGCCGGUCAAGAUGGGGGUGGAGAUGAUUGGCAGAUGCUGAUGAUGAUGUGAAGAGUUCAUUUUUGUAAUUUCAGGGUUUAUUCAAAUGUAAAAUGGUGGUUGAUAUCUUUAUAGCCGCACAUACUGUAUAGAAUACACAUAUAAACAGACACAUGACUGACCAGCUUUGUAUUAUUGUCCAAAUGUAUCUUUAAGGUUAAAUAAUUAAACUUUAUGAUGAAAAAGUAUUUUGUGAAGACAGUAGUAUAUCGAAACAAAUGGGCUUUAGUAAUCAAAGGAUUCACAAAGUCAAGUUUGAGUUUAUGACUGGACUUCCUGAACAUACACAGACCUGCUCUGUUUAAUAUAUGUGUGCAUAUAUUGACCAUGCUCUGCCCCUUCCGUUUCUCUAACUGGACUUUGGACAGAAUUAUUUGUUUUUGGUGCACUGGACAGACUACAGAGAACCACACGGCAUAUAUUUGAUGAGUGAACGUGUUGAUUUAUGCUCCAAAUUGGUUGCGUGUGUAUCUGUGUGUGUGUUUGUUGAAAUGGGAAUAUUUGUUCUGAUGAAAAAUGCAGAAAGUCAGCUGAAUUAAUAAUGGGAGGAAUGUCUGAUGCCUCUCAUCAUGGCCACAUUAGCAUUUGUUGUGUAUUUUGUGCCUAAAUUGUAUUUCAACAUCAUUAAAAUUGAUAGAGUGUUA